GGGCGAGUCCCAUCGGAGUUCGCACAAGUGCGCGUUCGUUUUAACGUUUACCCCCAGCGACCGCAUGUGUCGAAGCGCCGCGACGUUAAGAAACAUUACAUCUCACAGCGCGCGUAGAAUAAAGAUUUAAGACGGGCCUCAGGCGGAGUGCAGAUCUGCGUUCCGAAUCGCUUUGUCUGAGAGACCCGUCAGGCCGCAUCCUCUCAGCGCCUCUAUUGUAGUAAAGUAUUUUACAUCACGAGCCACGUACACUACUAAACAGACGUGCUUUUUUUUGUACCAGCGUUAUUAGCCCCGUGUCGCCUUCACUCGCGUCGAUGAGAGACUCGGAGCUGUGAGCAGCAGGGACAGCGACGUGGAUCUUCACGGACGGACAACCUCGAGGAUUUUGAGAGCGCACUCAGAACAAAGCCAUGCCGCUGGCGACUUUUUUCGGAUGUACCUUCAUCGCUUUUGGGCCGGCAUUUGCGCUCUUCAUCCUCACGGUGGCAAGAGAUCCUCUCAGGGUUAUCAUCUUCAUCGCAGGGGCCUUCUUUUGGCUAGUCUCUCUGCUCUUAUCAUCGCUGGUGUGGUUCAUCGCCACGAAGGCAAGUGAUCGAAAGAAUGAGGAGCUGCAGCAUGGCCUGCUCAUCUUCGGCGUGCUGCUCUCCGUGCUCUUCCAGGAGGUCUUCCGAUAUGGAUACUACCGCCUCCUGCGGAAAGCUCAGGAUGGCUUGGUCACAUUCAGCCAAGACAAUAGGCCUCCCAUCAGCAUGCAAGAGAUGGCGUAUGUGGCCGGCUUGGGAUUUGGAAUAAUCAGUGGGGCUUUCUCGGUCGUGAACAUCCUGGCGCAGUCGAUCGGGCCUGGAACUGUCGGGAUUCGCCAGGACUCUGAGUACUUCUUCCUCACUUCGGCAUUCCUGACGUUGGCAGUGAUUCUUCUGCACAUGUGCUGGGGUGUCGUGUUCUUCGACGGUUGCCAACAGAGCCGCGUUUGGGCCGUGCUUUUAGUCAUUGCCUUGCAUUUCCUCGUCUCGUCCAUGACAUUCCUGAACCCCGUGUACGCGGGAAGCCUGGUGCCUACGUACGUGGUGCUGGUCGGAAUGCUGCUGUGGGCAUUCGUCGUAGCUGGAGGCACCCCGGAGAGCCUGCACCGCGCCCUCACCUGCAGCAAGGAAGCUGAUUGAUCCAGACAUGAAAAGUACGGAAAGAUGGAGCCCAGGAUGGUGACUGCUAUGUGCAGCUUUCAAAGAUGGAAUGCUCACAAGAAACAGGGUUGAACACAAGAAAAUGUACUAAAUAUAUUCUGGACACUUGGUUUUGUAUAAAAAGACAACAUAGUAAACGCAUAUUUUGCAAUGGUCUUUUUGCAGUGUAAAUGUUUCCACAUGGCUUCUGUCAAGAGACAGCGUUACUGCUUUAGAUGUCUAAUCGAGCAGCAAUAAAGCACAACACAGUUUUGGUGAUGGCAAUUAUAGUGAAACUAUUUUCUGAAAACAAAUGGAAGAUAUUUGUAUUGCUAUUGCAGAUUGUAUUCUGACAUUUGCAAGUUACAUAACGAAAAAUAUAUAUUUCCAACAAAAGCAACAAUCUAAAAUACUUUUUUUAAUCCAGGUUUAGUUUUUGUAUUUAAGUUUUUCUGGGGCUUAAAUUCUUGCCACCUCGGUUCUCCAUGAACCAUGCUUGCCAAUUUGUAAACUAAUUUUAUUUCUUAAAUCCCUAAUUUGAAAUCAUUUUUAGUUGUCAUGAUAAUGAUUAAGAGGAUUAAUUUGUCUACUUGUUUUGAAAUAAAACAAUGCGAUUCAUCUUUUUUUAUAUUGUACAGAAGUUACUACGAGCGAUGUGCUUUAUCUGUAACACAGGUUUCGCUUACCAGCAGUGGCAUUUUUUAUUUUGGGCAGGGAAAUAGUGUGGGGCAGUAACAUAGAUUCAAGGCUGUGUUGGCAUUCACUGUAUUUCAUUCAUUGUUACCUUUGUCGUGAUCACUGUAUUAUAUUAUUUUUGCAUCUCUUAAAUAUCUUCUUGGUUCUUUCGGUAAAGUCACGUAGAAUGGAAAUAUAUUUUAUUUUUAUUAUUUUAUUUCCAUUCUACGUGACUUUACCGAAAGAACCAAGAAGAUGAAUCCCUGCAGUCACGAAAGCUUUAAGUCGAAAUAAAAUAUCUUAAAUACUUUAUACACAGGAAUAGCACAAGAUCUAAAAACGAGUGAUGUGUUUUGAUAACAAAGGGUGUUCAUUUUCCACACGUUGAAAGCAUUGUACAACACCGCAUUGUAUAAUAUUGCAUGAAAUGUAUUGCAGGAUCAUUUAACUAUUUUUUUUUAUAUUGGACCACAGGUGUUACAGGUGUUUAACUGCCUUGCGUGACACUUGAUGUAUUUCUGCAAAUAAAGUGGUUCAGUAUUGCAUCGGGACCUCGUAGCAAUAUACAUAUCAAGGUGUGCGACGUGCACAGAACAGUGCAAACACCUGUUCGAUGCUGUAUAUACUUUUUGUCGUUAUUAAUUUUCGUCUCAGGACCAUUUUCAGGAAUUUACUGCUCCGCGGGCAACGACUUCCUGUUUACAGUUCUAAACGAUGGCUGUGUUCCCCGUAGUUCUACCGGUGAACUAGAACAAAGAAACAUUGACCGUGCACAAAAGUUUGAAACAAAAAAAACAACCCCAAAGGGACAACAUUUAUUUAAUGAGCGGUGUUUUUGCCGAUGUCUUCUGCAGUCCGAUAAUUGUGUGCUCACGCUGAAUGCUGCAGUAAAAAAUUAUAUCGAAAGGUACGAUGCAUUGCCAUUCACGUGCUUGGGGAAUUCUACUUGUCUGCUUGUGGGGGCCUUGGUGCUUUCCUUUCGCAUUUGGAUGUCAACACUGUAAGUUACAAUUCUGGUUCACCUGCCACCUGGUGAAGGAUUUAAUCACGGUGUGAAACUCGCUCUUGUGAGCUUUUCUGUCGGAGGACUUUACCAAAUAAUCUUGUUAUAAAGAUUUUUUGAUGCGAAUGAUUCAAGAACAAACGUUACCUGGUUAACACAUUCCUUUUGCUGUUAUACUUUCACAUUGUAAAAAAAUGCUAAAUGAAAUAAUUCUCUCAAACGUUUUUCUACAUUUGUGCACAACUGCCUUAUGUAAGCUUUUUGUUAAAUAAAGUAAAAGCAAUUGUG